AUGGACGGGGAGCCGCCGGCCGAGACCGAAGCAGAGCCCGCAGCGCCCGAAGCGCCCGCAGAGCCUGCGGCGCCUGCAGCUGAGGCGGCCGAGGAGCCGAUCGCAGAGGCAUCGGCCGAAGCGCCCGCCGAGGAGCCUGUCCCAGAUGCUGCACCGGCAGAGGCUGGAGAACAUGGAGAGCAGGCCGGGUGA